AUGAACACCCUCCAUGAUCCUCUCGCCGUUUUGGGCAGCUGUCCAUUUCGUUCAGCGCCUCCCAUGACGGCACGGACGACGGUCCAGAUCCCCCUGGACGACGCGCUCGUGAACGGCUUUCGGCGGCGCGGGCGCCGAAAGCUCCGUGAGAUCGAAGAAGCCUGCCCAGAUGUACUGGUCAAGUUCGACAAGGCCUCCGGAUGCCUCGUGGUGAAAGGUGCCUGGGAGGCCGUGCGGCGCGUCCAAGACCAGGUGGACUGCAUGAGAGGACCCCGGAAACAGCUGUCGCCCGCUCUUUGGGCGGAGCUGAUGCGCACCAGGAGUUGCCCCCUCGGGGUGCUGGAGCGGCUCCAAGCUGCGGUGGGCGCGCGGCUUCACAUUGAGCGACAACGCAGUGAAGUGAGGAUCUUCGGGCCAAUUGCGGCAGUGGCGCAGGCUGAGCUCCUACUCGACCGGAUGGAGCUGGCUUGUGUGGAGGUCUGCUUGGAAGGCGUGGCCACUCCGUCGCAGGAAGAGCUGGAGCUCUGGUCAUCGACCUGGUGUGUGAGCUUUCGGAGGGAAGCAGGACGGCUCUGGGUCCUGGGCUUUCGUGCGCUCGUGCAGCGCUUCCUCCGCGCGGCGGACCGCCGAGCCGGCGGCGCCGCCGCGGUUUCGGUCGGCGCGCGGAUGGUGGAUGACAUCUUCACACGCGUCUCGAGCGUGAGCGAGCAUGAAGUCAUGCUUCCUCCGCGCUUCUUCGAAGAGGUCGAUGAUCAGGAGGUGCAACAGAAGAACUGCCAGAUCCCCAGUCGCUGCCCCGAUUUUCAUAUCCAGCCUUGGAUGUCGGAGGGUCUGCCGUGGGCCAACCUGGAGCUGCAGGAGGGCAGCAUUUGCAGCCGGAAAUGCUUGGACCUGGCGGAUGAGAUGAGCAAGUUCGAUUGUAUGACCUGGAACCUCGGCAACUCGCAGGAAGUCUUCCAAAGGGCCACUGCGAAAUGCUCUGUGAAGCUGGGUUGCCGCGUCAGGCAGAUCAACUUCCUCCAAGAGAAGGGCUGCCCUCAGCAGGUCGUGGUGGACGAUCAGGGUCACUCAGAGACCUUCGACCGAGUAGUCUUGGCGUGUCCCGCCACCACGUCUGCAAACCUCCUACGCCCGGCGAACUGGAUCGAAUGGAGCUUGUUGCAAGGCGUGGAGUACCACGACGAGGAUUGGUUGGAUGUACCUGUGCAUCAAGACGCCAGUUGCCUGCCUAUGAAGCAUCAUCAGUCUUUACUGGAACGUGCGGCCUUUCUGAUCGAUGUGGACGCCGAUGGCCGCGCGGGCGGCGGAGUCAACGUCGAGUAUACGCAUAACCUGGGAGCCUUCAGCCCUUCCGCCCGAUCCCUUGGGGUGGCGCCAGCGGAUUGUCCCAUGUUCAUGACGCAAUGCUUGCACCACACCCGGCGGCUCGAUCCAUCCAAAGAAGUGCAGCGCUUCAGUGCUCCGCGCGGGCAUCCUUGCCUCUCGACGCACAACAUGAUCAUCACACAGAUGCUACACCUGGUGCAGGGCCGCAGGGGCCUCUACUGUUCCAACUGGACCUCACCGGGCAACGGCCACGACUUGGCGUGCACGUCAGGGCUGGCGGUGGCGAGCGCCAUUGGCGCUCAAUAUCCACUGCAGGAAGAGUUUCGUUCAAGGAUCGAAUCAUGGGAAGGCCAGACGCCUCUGGAGCAGAAAAGCCAGCCCCAAGCGCCGGAGCCGGAGGCCGAGGACGCCGACCCCGAGCCGCAGAGCACCCGGCUGAAGCCGGAGCACCCGGGGCAUGACUCGGCAGCGCCUCAGAGCACGAUGCCGGAUCCCCCCCCCAUCCAUCCGUAUUUUGUGGAGGUCUUCCGUGGCAUGGGACAGGUGGUGUUCUGCAACAGUAGCCUCUCGGGCGUCUUCAUCGCUGGAGCUUUGAUGCUUGGCGAUCCACAGACCGGCGUCAUGGCGCUGCUAGGCUGCAGCUCGGCCACUCUGCUGGCGCGUUCGGUGGGCUUGGAGAGGGGCUUCGUGAGCGAUGGCCUGGCAGGCUACAACGGCGCCCUGGUGGGUUGCGCCUUGUCGGUCUUUCAACCAGCACUGCCGCUGAUGCCGGCGGCCUUGGGUGCGCUGGGACCCUUUAGCUCCGGUGCACUGGGGGACUUGCUUCUGACGCUGCUCGUGGGCGGGCUCUCAGCUCCGGUGGCAGCGAAGCUAGGGCCUCUGAUGGCACCAGUGCCGCAGUGGACCGUGGUCUUCAAUGUGUUGGCUCUCACCGUCCUUAGUGGCUGCGCCGCGAUCAAAUAUCUCUCAAGCCCGCAGAGCCCCAGCAAGCCUCGCAAGCCCAAGCAGCCCAAGCAGAGGGAUUUGAUCCGCCUCAUCAAGGAGCAUCCAAGCCAUUUCAUCGGCGACUUGAUCGAGGCGAUGAUGGUGAGCGUCUCACAGAUCUUCGUGGUCAAUAGCCCCCUCACAGGACUUCUGAUCACGGUGGGGAUCUUCUGCUACUCCCCAGCCGCCGCCGGGCUCACACUUGGUGGUGCCAUGCUGGGGAAUCUGUCUGCCUUGAUCUCGGGCAUUGACUAUGACCAGGUGAUGGAAGGCUUAUGGGGCUACAAUGCUGCCCUGUCCAGCCUCGCAGUAGGGAUCUUUUUCGUCCCCAGGGGUCUGCCCUAUGCGGGCCUGGUAGCUGCAGGCGCCGUGGGCUCCACGAUGGUCACAGUGGCAGUGAAGCAGCUGAUGGACCUGGCGGAUCUGCCCUGCAUGACGGUGCCCUUCUGCUUGAUGGCGUCUGCCUGCUUCCUCCUGGGCGGACGUGUGCCGGGACUGGUGCGUGCCAAGGCUCCUCACUCACCUGAAGUGAAUUUGCACGCCUAUCGCGCUUUCUGA